AUGCUGCACAUUGAUAAUUGCAAAUGCUGGUGGCAGUUUCUCAGUGAGCUCCUGCCGUGCGACGUGCUUCUACUACCUAGAAACCAAAAACUAAAACAUCUCGUGCUUCGUAUUUUCAAGUUGUUGGUGGUCGUGUCCUGCCUUGCGACUUCGACCAACCGAAUGACUGAUACAACCGUCCAGCGUCAAGACUAUGGUUGCUAUGAAAAGCUACCAAAAAUAGUGCACCACCUCUACGUACUUCUUCGUUCGUCAUGCCUGGCAAAAUUUGUCAUCGUCUUCAUGCCUGGAGAAGACCUAUCGGUCCAUCGUGGUAGUACCCUCGUGCUCUGUCUUGAUAACGUCCACUCUCCUCGUACAUCUACAGUGCAACCGCAACUACAACUGCCGGUUGUGUAUGUAGUCGGUCGUGCAACACAGAAGCAUAUCGGUCAGUGUGCUCGUGCCAAUUUGCAUCGUGUAGUGGUGUCUUCCCAGACACAAACCAAGCAUUUGGAAAAACGUUCGUCCCUCUGUCUUGUUCUAGCGCAAGACGGUUUCUCCUGUAAAACUAUCAACUCAGCUCAAGCAUUGCCCCACCUUUUCUCUCGUCUCUCUACCUUGUUGAAUAACAAUAAGUAG